UUACGUCAUCCCCGCGCGCCGACCGGCUAAGGAGCGUCGCGUCGGCGUCUCGGCUCUCGCCGGAAGCUUCCGGCUGGCCUUACGUGCGCGCGCGCGCGGCCCCGCGACAGUGCCUGUGAGGGAGCGAGGCAGACGAUGGCGGGCGCCUCUCUGUGGAAAGGCCUGGUCGGCGUCGGACUCUUCGCCCUGGCGCACGCGGCCUUCUCCGCCGCGCAGCAUCGCUCCUACAUGAGAUUAACCGAAAAAGAAGAUGAAACUUUGCCAAUAGAUAUAGUUCUCCAAACAUUGCUGGCCUUUGCAGUCACCUGUUACGGCAUAGUACAUAUUGCCGGGGAAUUUAAAGACAUGGAUGCUACUUCCGAGCUGAAGAAUAAGACAUUUGACACCUUAAGGAACCAUCCCUCCUUCUACGUAUUUAAUCACCGGGGCCGAGUUUUAUUCCAGUCCCCCGACGCGCUCCAUUCUUCCUCCUCCAGCAGGGAUACUUUGUCAUCUAGCGCAUCGCUGAAGUUGCGGAAAUUUGAACCUCUUCGCCGUUAAAAGAUUUUUUUACACAUUCUUCUAAAAAUAGAACAGGACACUGAGCUGUAACAUUGGAGUUGGGGAUGUAAACACGUUUAUUUCGUUUCUGGAGCAGUAUUUAUAUUGAUCAUCCAGACUAUAUAUAUAUGUGCAUAUAUAUAUGUGCAUAUAUAUGUGUGUGUGUGUGUGUGUGUGCAUGUAUGUGUGUAUAUAUAUAUAUAUAUAUAUAUAUAUAUAUAUAUAUAUAUAUGUAUGUAUAUAUAUAUAUAUAUAUGGACCUUCUUCUAACACUGUUAAUGACAAUGGCUGAAUUUUAAAUUGGCAAAACACGUGUCAGUUUGUCGCUAGAAUUACGCUGUGAAACAUCACUUUGCUUUCCGUUUUCCAUUAGCCCACCAUCACAAUUGAUUUAGUGAAAGCAACAUGUUUAUUUCCUUUCUGGAGCAGUAUUUAUAUUGAUCAUCCAGACUGCAUAUAUAUAUAUAUAUAUAUAUAUAUAUAUAUAUAUAUAUAUAUAUAUGUGUGUGUGUGUGUGUGUGUAUAUAUAUGUAUAUAUAUAUGUGCAUAUAUAUAUAUAUAUAGACCUUCUUCGAACACUGUUAAUGACAACGACUGAAUUUUGAAUUGGCAAAACACGUGUCCAUUGUCGCUAGAAUUAUGCUGUGAAACGUCACUUUGCUUUUUGUUGUCCAUUAGCCCACCAUCCCAAUUGAUUGAGUGAAAGCAAAUUAUUUAAUUUCCAAAAAAGUAGGCGAUUGCUUUAAUGCCACAGAAGAAAGGGGUCUCGGCUUACGCCGCUGUUCUGUUGCUGAGUAAGGUUGCAUCCAUCCCUCCCCUCCCGUCCUUAACACAAAAGACAAGGGCGAUUGUGUUUCUUUCCUGCCUUCAGAAGUAAUGUGGCCGCUGUUCUAGGAUGCGACCUGCCUGGCAAGGGGCACAGUCAUUCAGGCAGGCGGUUCUGAAACGGGCGCUUUACCCAAACUGUUGCCAGGGACACAGAAGCUCCCUUUGUUUUAUCGCUCCAUGUCCUUGAGCUACCUUGAAACGUGCACAGGUUUGGAAGGAAAAGGGAUCGUUUUGGAGAUCCAUUGGAGAUCUCACUGGGGGGGGGGUUAGGCAGGAAGGGCGCCGAAUCACACCAACUGUAGCCUCAUCCACUUUGCGCCAAGUUUGCAGGAUUCCUGCUGCGAAGCAGGAGGGCUUGACCUAAGGAAUGGCUGUGAGUUCCUGCCGAAGCUGGGAGCAAGGUGGGUCGCAACAGGGUUACUGCUGCAAAGUCUGGGCGAGGAUGGGACCGCUCCGCGAGUGAGCGACUUGUAACGGCUCAAGGGCCUCGGGGACCCCUUGGGACGCCUGCCUCGAGACGCCACGAGGCUUCUCGGUUUGUUCUCGUAAUGGGGACAAGUUGCUUCCGGGCUUUCUGCUCGGAAGAGUGCAUUUGAACCCAGCUCCCCUCCAUUUAGAAGCGUGCGCCCUCGCCAAAAAACGUAGGGCGGAGUUUUGUCCAGAGGUGCUUUGGUUUCAACAAUUUGCCCCGUUUGCCUCGUUUCCCCACUUUCCUGCCAUCUCCGGAUCACUCUCCUUGGGGAGCAUUUUGGAGAGAAUAUAGAUCCCGGACAGUUCGCUCAAUUUGGUUUGCCCCCCAUGUUUGUUUGUUUGCCGCAGAUUUAAACUGGUUUGGAGCGGGCUGCAGGAAAGCUGUCCGUCCCUCCUUGGCUAUGAUGGCGCAUUUACGUUUGACACUUUCUGCCAUGAAAGAAAGGUUUGUGGCAUCCACUUGUGGCAGCACAGCAUAGACACACGGGCAUUGUGAUAGAUUCAUUCUACCCAGUACGGUUUGCUUUUUCCUGGCGCCACAAAAGGCACCCGAACCACAGGGGCCGGGAUGGUUGAGCUAGGACUGCAAAGAAGACAUGGCCUCGUUUAAACUUGGGAUUGCUGCUUGUUUGUGGAAGUUAUUUCAGUGUUACAGUCCCGUCCCGUCCCCUAGUACGCAGUGGCAAACAGAACAUGAAGCCUGUUGCUAUGUAAAUGGCCUUACUGUUGUUCCCUUCCCAUCCCUUGUCCUGGAGCAGAGAUUCCAGCUCCGAGCGCUUCAGAACGAAGCACGGAGAUCUCCUUUUCUUGACGAAAGAGGCUCACUUUCUUAUUUCCUUUCAAGCCAGCGCCUUUUCAGAAUCCAGCUGCUACUCUCGGGAGUUAAGAGGCAAAGUUUUCCUGGGCCCUGCGCGGGCGAUCUGCGCUGCGUCAAAGGAUCUCGUGGUCCCUCGCGGCAACCCAGCUCUCCCUGGGGAUCUUGCGGCAUAAAAUCUGGGCUGCGUCAAAGGAUCUCGUGGUCCCUCGCGGCAACCCAGCUCUCCCUGGGGAAUCUCGCAGCAUAAAACCGAGGCGGGGCAAGAAAAGGCGCCCAGUCCAGUCUUGAAUGUUUGCUAGCUAGAUUAGGACUGGCGCCAUUUGGCCACCUCUCUAUACAAGUCAUCAAAGAAGCUAAGCAGGCAAAAUUUAGCAACUUAGAGAGGGAAGGCAUUUACUCGGCUCAAAGAGUUUAAAGGGAAUCUCCCUCGCGCCGCCUUUCCUAGGAAUGGUUUGCAAAAGGCUUAUUUGGAGAGUGCCGAUUGUGGCAUUGCACAAUGCUCUCUGGAUGGGGCCACGGGUGUCCUUCAGUUUGAACUCCCCCCAUCCUUAGUACCAUGUCUGAAAAUAAUUUCCAGCUCAUUUCCUACAAACCUGGCAAGAACCUGCUUUGGGUUGCCCAAAAGUCUCCGUCGCAGCGGGCAUCACCGCAUGAACUGGGCCCUCCCCACGUUUGUGUUUUUAAGUUUGGGUUGCCCAAAAGUCUCCAUCACGGCAGGAACAGGGCCCUCCCCACGUUCGUGUUUUACGUUUGCAACCUAUUAAAUUCCCUUAUUUGCAAGGAGUAGCGGCUUGAACCUCCAGCGUUAACUAUCAGGUGUGCAAAACUUGUUCGUUCCUUUUUGAUCUUGCCUUGCCUAAUAAAGAACUAACGUCCUUAAAAAGCA